CAGAAGAACACGAGAGACAGCGACUGUUUCUUUUUUCUGUUGUAUAUGUAGACACGAACACAUAUUUAUCUUGUUUGGUUUGACUAUUUAUUUUAUUGUUUGUUUCUUUAAUUUCGAGUUCCUUUGCAUUGAACAAUUCCCAGAUUGAUACUUUUUGUCUAUGUUUGGCUUUCUUCAUCUACAACGACGAGGUUUUCUCUUUUGAUUGAUUGGAGUUCUUUAAUUGUGUAUUGAAAUUUGAGACUCUUUUAUAUGGGAUUUUUGGAAAAUUAAAAGCUUUACACUUUUUCAGCAGAUUAUGCUUGAAAUUUCAAGUGUUUGAGAUCUGGGCGGUCUUAGAAAUUCAAAGAAAAGAGUAUGUACGCGGUGGGCAGGCUAGGUAGCUAUAUCUCCCGCGGUGUGUAUUCCGUCUCUGGUCCAUUUCAUCCUUUUGGCGGCGCAGUGGAUAUAAUUGUAGUGGAGCAACCCGAUGGGAGCUUCAAAUCAUCGCCUUGGUAUGUUCGGUUCGGUAAAUUUCAAGGGGUUUUAAAAACAAGGGAGAAGGAAAAGUCGGUAAGCAUCUCUGUAAAUGGCAUCGAGGCGAAUUUCAACAUGUUUCUUGAUCAUAAGGGUGAAGCAUAUUUUCUCAGGGAGAUAGAUGUUGAAGAAAGGGAACCUGAUGCUGUAUCAUUUCCUUUGUCUUCUGGGGAUGAGACAGAUGAACCGCCGUCUGGUAAUAGAAAGCCAAUGAAGUCCAAGAGUUGCAAUUAUGAUGUUGAUGAGUCUAAUUCAGUGGCUCAAGUUGAUAUGAGUAAUGGGAAACUUGUGGCUAGGACCAGUUCGCGGCGGCCAGGAAUAUUUGGGUUUGUUUCUGGACAGAGGUCAAUAAAGGAGGAUAGUUACCAGGAGGGUGCUGGUGUUACUGGUGUAAUGAGAUCAGAUUCAUUGGAGCGUGCUGAGCUUGCUGCUGAGCUGCUGGAGGUGAAGUGGUCUACCAAUCUUGCUUCCAAUAGAUCAAAGAAUGAUGCUUGGCGUUUUUCUUCUACAAACGAUGCAUUAGACAAUAAAGGUUCUGGAAUGGGGAUGCAGAAUGAUGAAGAAAACCUGUUUCAGACUUAUGUACGUGAUAAGGAGGAAAACAGUGUUGAUUGCCAGACAUUACAAGACAAAACUGAUUACUGCAACAAGCAAAAGGUCAGCUGUUCUUCUGGCUUUGAGAAACUAGAGUGUUCUGUUGAGGAAGCUAACGGACAAGUGUCUUGUGUAAGCGCCGAGCAACAAAUUGUUGAAACCUCCUCGUUAGGUGAAGGUUUUGGGGAAGACAAAAGCAAACUAAUAGCCAAUAUAUCAGUAGUUAUGGAUGAUAAUAGUAUCAGGAAUUUGGAUCAUGAUGAGAAUGCGACUGGUGUUGUCUCAGGGUCAGGGAUGAGUGGUCCUGAUACACAAAGUGAAUAUAAGUUUGAAUCAUGUAUUGACAAGCAGUUUGAUGAACUGGCUGGUAAUGAGAAUGUUUCAGACAGUCUUCAGGCUUUUGUUAACGGCAAAAUGUCAGAGAGCUCAGAAAUGACAUUGGAUGGUUCCAGUGAGCAAACUCUUGAAACACUGUGCCUUUCUGACAUAGGAAAUGGUAAAGCACUUGUUCAUGCUGAAACACUGCUUACAACAACUGAGCCAGUGCCAGAGGUUACAGUUCCCAAUUCAGCUGAAGAUAUGGAGUUAGGUUCUACAGGGACAUUAACCAUGUCAGAAUCUUACUUGGUUGGUGCUGACCCUGUAAUUGGUUUGGAAGAAUUUAAGUCAUGUAGCAUUCACAUUAAUGCCCCCAUUAGUGAUUUAGGUGAUCAUGUUGAAAAUGGGAAAAAUAUCAGGGAUGUUGUUGAUCCUUCUGUGGAGUCUGUUGAUGAUUCUGAGAACUUUUAUGGUGAUAGUGACCCAAAGAGAAGUGUUCCAUCAUCAGAGAGUUCAGAGGAUGAGCAAUUCCUUUUCACUGACCUUGAUGCAUUCAAACUCCACAAAACAAAUUGUGUAAAUAAAGAUCUUCCCUCCAUUUGUACUGAAAAUGAAGAAGUAAAUGGUUUAUGUAAUGUGAAUAAGGAGUCUUGUUUAAAUCCCGACAAAUUUGUUCAGGAGAAUCCAUCAACCAAUCUGGAAAUCUCUUUUGAAAAAACAAGGAUAGUCUCUAAUCCCAUUAGUAUUUCUAGAAAUCAUAGUGUAGCUGGUGAGAAGAAUGAGUGGCAGGUGGAAUCACUUCCUAAUAUAUGGUCUCCUCUUGCCUUGUUUGAUGUAAACAAUCAUCAUCCUCUAAGCCGUUCUCUAGAUUCAAAUUCUGAAACCAUGAAGUGGGCAUCAAUCAAGAAAGAUGACUCAAGCUGUAUAAGGUCAGUUGCGGAUAAAGAACAGCCACUAGCACAUGAAAAGUCUAGUUGUGAGGAGAGUGAGACUUCAGGGAAGUUGAAAAAUACUCUUUACAAUCCUGCUGUCGAGAUGUCUCUUUGCAAACACUUUCUACACGAAGGGAUGGGCGCUGAAGCUGCCUGUCAAGCAUUUGAUGCUGAAAAACUGGAUAGCAAGAAAUUUAUUUCUUUAAGUCCCGCUAUUGUGAAGAAUGAUAGGCUUGUUGUUCGAAUUGGUGAUUACUACUUUCCAUGGGAUGCAGCAGCCCCUAUUCUUUUAGGGAUGGUUACUUUUGGAAGUGAAAAAGUAUUUGAACCCAAAGGGAUGAUACCUGUUGACAAAGCGGAAAAAUCCAUCGAAGGGGAUCCAUCAAAAGCCAUAGCCUCUCGUAGUGGAAGCUGGAGGCUUUGGCCCUUUUCUAUGAGAAGAUCAAGAUCCAGGAAGGCUGUGCUGCUGGCUCCAGCUGACACCAGAGGUUCGGAUGUUGAGAAUGCCGUAGAUGGUAGUGCUGCUAGUGGCAAUUAUAUAAAUAUGCUUAAACCCAAACAGGUGAAGAAGGUGAUCAGGGCAAUCACUCCAACAUCUGAACAACUGGCAUCAUUGAAUUUAAAGGAAGGAAGGAAUCAUAUAACCUUCACAUUUUCAACCAAUAUGCUUGGGAAGCAGCAGGUUGAUGCCAGAAUACAUUUGUGGAAAUGGAACACUCGUAUUGUAAUCUCAGAUGUUGAUGGGACAAUUACAAGAUCAGAUGUUCUAGGUCAGUUCAUGCCUUUGGUUGGGGUAGAUUGGUCGCAGAGUGGUGUUGCACAUUUAUUUUCAGCUAUUAAGGAAAAUGGGUACCAGUUGCUUUUUCUUAGUGCCCGUGCGAUAUCCCAGGCAUAUAUCACUAGAAAAUUUUUAGUCAACCUUAAGCAGGAUGGUAAGGUUUUACCAGAUGGGCCAAUUGUUAUUUCCCCUGAUGGGCUUUUUCCAUCCCUAUAUAGAGAAGUCAUUAGAAGAGCUCCCCAUGAGUUCAAGAUCGCUUGCUUAGAGGAUAUCAAAGCAUUGUUUCCACCUGAUUGCAAUCCAUUCUAUGCUGGUUUUGGGAAUAGAGAUACUGAUGAAAUCAGCUAUCUUAGGGUUGGAAUCCCAAAAGGGAAAAUCUUCAUUAUCAAUCCAAAGGGUGAGGUAGCUAUGAACCACUGUGUUGACAAAUCUUAUAGUUCCCUUCAUGAUCUUGUUCAUGCCAUGUUUCCGCCCAUGGCCUCCGCGGAGCAGGUUUUGUUACCUUUUCUUUUUCCAUUGAUAACCCACAACAUGGAGUUUGUUUCCCAAUCAGAGCCUUUUGUGGAUAUGUCUGUUGGUAAACAUGGUUGUGAUGGUGACUAGGCUGAGUUUUCGUACACUUAUUUUUGUGAAGAGAAACCCGAUUGUUCCCUGCUUUCUUUUAGAUUUUCCAUCCUUCACUUAGGUGACAUCUAUCAUGCCAGAGUAGCAUCUUACUGAGAAUAUAUUGUCUAAACUCUCAAUCUUUUAGUUUAAUUUAAUUCAUUUUAGGGUGUUUCAUUUUAUUUAUUUUGUUCUGCAUCUUAAUUUACUUCUAUUAGUUGCAGGAGGAUUUUAAUUCGUGGAAUUUCUGGAAACUGCCACCUCCUUUGAUUGAUAUAUGAAGAUGUCUUGAGCAUUCGGAUACCAAGAUAGAUGUACAAUGUCUGCCAUCUUUUUGGUGCUGUACAGGAAACUACAGGUUUAUGUGUGACCCACGGCCAUUGGCUAGAACUUCCACCAUGUCUUUAAAAGGCAGAACUGGCCGACUCUCGUUGUCCGAAGUGAUUUAACUUGCAUACAUAGAAAGGGUUGAUUCAUCUCAGUUUUAUUUGGGUUCAGAAUUAUUUGAUGUAUAAUUCUGUAUAGCGAAUCCAUGUGAUUGAGGUGGACAAAUUGUUAAAAAGUGUUAACUUUUGUUAAAAAUUUUCAAGGGGAGAAGAGGCAGACUCAUAUUAGAAUCUAAUUUGAUUUAAAAAAAAAUAUAGAAUCUGCAAUCUUUUAUCUUAUGUUCGGGAGCGGAUAGAAAGAAUGGUUUUUUGGAUUACUAACUCGUUCGAAUCAACAGAUGGAUGAACAUAUCAUACAAGAAGAAAGGAGCAAAGGGAUGUGGACUCAAAUCAAACACUUCACAGAAACAAAAUCCUAACAUUCAAGUGUUGCUCUGCAAACUACGCAAGGUUUUUGAUCUCGCUGUCAUCGAUAAAGCCGUUGCCAUUGGCAUCCACAGAUUGAACUCCCUGCUUGCUCUUCCUGUUAGCAAACCAUCCUCCCGAGACUCUUAUGGCAUUGGCAAGCUCGUCUUUGCUCAUCCUUCCAUCGUUAUCUUCAUCAAAUCCCUUUAAACAUGUAGUGAAUUCAUUAACAGUCAUCACUCGCUUACCGUCAAUGGAUUAGUUACGAGUUUUAAUCGCCA